AUGAAGGUGCUGGUGGAUGCUAUAGCUGUGCGUGAGGUGCACAUGCACCGUGAGCUUGACGGCGGUCCUGACUCUGGAGGUGUGUUCCUGCUGAUGGGGGAGAGACGGGACUCACAGGUCAUCGUGCGGACGAGUAUCGCAGCUUCAGAGGGGACCUCGCCGUCUGUGCUGGAGAACCGGAUGGGACUCGUACAAGAGGUACAUCGGCAGUGGGGGGCUCUUGGAUGGCUCAUCGAGGAGGGGGGUACAGACCCCGCUGGUCUUUGGAACCGAUUGCCCAGUGUGGCCCCAGGUAAAGAGGGCAUACUGUUCACGUACGAUGCUCAACAAGGGGUGCUUCGGUGCUACAGACCACCUUGCGGUCCACAGGAUAGGAUCUUCUACGAGUGGGUCGAGGAGCAGCCGACGGUGGACCCUGCAAUUGCAAUUGCCAGUGCCACUGGGGCAGAACAUGGCGAGAGCGAAGACGUCGUCCGAGAGUUGAUUACGAAGGUACAGAGGGUUAUACAGUACUGCCAGCAGUCUCCCGUGGGGUCCCCACGGGAGACCCCACGGGAGUCGCACGACCUUAUACUGCGGAGGGUCGCUAUGUUACUCAACAGGUUACAAAUGGGCCCGACGGCGGACGUCGAGGCUGCGGUGCUCCGCAGCGAGACAGAGUUGCAAUUGCUCCUCAUCGAGCUCGAGCAGUGGUCUCUGCUGCAGGGAUGA